UGACAACCUUUUAAAUAUUACAAAUGGUUUUUCUUACUUCAAUAAUAUCGAAUCCAUUCUGUUUUCCCUGAAUUUUACUUUUCCACAGUCGGUAAUCAACUAAAUAAAAUGUCAGAUUUUGCGAAAAGACACUUCAUAAAGAUUGCAGGGCUCCAUUUAGGAACCACCUUUUUGGAGGAUAAUUGGGACAAGGACAUUAUAGGCAUGCAGGAAUUGCAGAAUUUUUUGGUAAUGGAAAACGUGAUUACGCUAUUUGCCGUUAUUGAAGAAAUCGACGAUAACAAAAGGAUGAAAUUCUUCAGAACUUUUACUAAUCAAAAUUACGAAGUGAUAAUUUGCUUCAACAAAUACAAACCCAUCGUUCCAUCGGAUGAUAACUUAUUGCGCGACAUACAAACUACCACUUUAUCAGGAUCCCCUACUCUGGCUUUGUUUCAGAGCUUGAACGUAUUUUCACCGUUACUGCAGCAGAAAGAUCAACCGAACAUCUCCAGACAAAUCGCCAAUUUACAGAACGAUCUUCGUACAGCGAUUUUUAACGAUAGGUCCUCGAGUGCUAUCAUUGAAGCGACCGAAUAUACUUCUUUAUCGGUCGUGACAGCGUUAGAACAUGAAGUUAUCUACUGGAAUUCUGUGAAACCAUCAAAGAGAGAUAAAUUAACUAAAGCUGCCUGUUCGACUUUCAAAGAUCUCCUCAGUACUAUUGCAGGAGAAUUUAACAUUAUAGAUGCGUUAUCCUGUGCGGAUGUCGAAGAAUUGCUGGAAAAAUCGCACAAUGUUUUGGAUGAUUUGUGGAAAAACGAGCCGCCUUUUCCCAAGCACAGAAUAACCCAUAUCAUGGAUGUUAUAGGUAGCGAUGUUCAAAAACAUUUUGCCGCUCUUUUGAAACAAUUCAACGUUUGGACCGACGAUUAUCUCCAAAUAUCCGAAAUGCUAAACCAAGAAAUAGCGCUGGGAGAAAAGUGGCUGGUCAGCUGCAAGCAAUUGACCGAGAUUUUUUGGCCAAGUUACACCCCGAACCCUUGGAAAGAUGAUAUUUACCAACCCCCCGAAUUGGUCAAUUCUAUUUCUAUAUUAAAAAAGGUUUUAGAAAUUCGCUCGUUGCACAGACAAUUAUUAAAACUCUUGUCUAACCAAGAGCAAACUGAACUACAAACCGACGAAAUACUGAAUAAAUUUAAAGAUAUAGACGCAUCUUUAUUCGGCCAAGACACCAAGCAAUCCCUCAUAAAAGCGGAAAAACAAUUCGGUUACAUGAUCCAACCGGCCGAGCAAAGAAUCGCCACCAAAUUAAAAAACCAACUAACAGGAGUCAAUUCCAACAUUCGACAACUGAUAUACGAAUAUUCCCGCUACGCCGAACUGAUCGGCAGGCCGGUACUCCGGAACGAAUUGAUCAAAGAACGCCAGUACCUUCUAGCUUCUAUCCACGAUUACCUGAAAUCCAUUCAAUCAGAAGCCACUUCGGAGAACCACGCCAUCAACAUGCGCUACGAUAUACCAGAAGUUGUUAAAGACAUCAUACAACUCAGGCAAUUGGAGUCCAAAGUCAACGAGGUCCACAAAGUAGCACUAAAGAUACUACAAGAUUUACAAGGCUACGAGGACUUAAAUCGUCGGAUACUAGAGAUUAGCAAGGAUCUAAAACGACAACACCACGAACUAUUCGACUCCUGGUGCGCCGACGUGCUAAUUUACAUCAAAAACAACACGUUGAAAUUGAAAGAAUCCGAUCCGGUGGUCGAAUUCUCCGACGACAAGCUGAUGCGCGUCACUUUUUCGCCGCGAUUGAUCGUCCUGAUAUCGGAGGUGAGGCAGCUGGGCGCCAUGGGGUACCAGAUACCGGCGGCGAUAAGGGAAACGAGCGAGCACGCCAAGAAGUUCAUGAAAUUGGCGAGGAUAUUGGAGCAAAUAGCGCACUUUCACAACACCAUCGGCGAUCAGAUGAUCGCCUGCCAGAAGCCGAUGAUGCUCAACAGCGCGCUGGAACUGUCGAAGUUGGUGCAAGAGCAAGAGGUGGUGUCCUGGGGACAGGAAAAGUCGGUGGAGAGGUACGUUAAUACCUUGAAAGCGGCGGUGGAGAAGCUUUCCAAAGAAAACGGGUUGCUCACCAUGUAUCAUCAUCAAAUUCUUGAAAAGAUAAAAGAAUUGGAAGAAGUCGAUUUGAUCAAGGAGUAUAGCAAAUGGAAGGAGACAUCGAAAAACGUACGGCAAAUCCUCGCUCAAGUAGAAGAAAAAGGCUUCAGGAACAUUCAAAGUUGGAAGAGGGAGCUGGACAAGGUCCUCAGCGGCGUAUUAGAGAAACAAUACGUUGAAAGUUUGGACACGCUUCACAUUUACCUGCCCGAAAUCCGCGCGGAUUUGAUCUACAGAAACUCCAAAUUGGAAUACCUUCCCGACGAGGCGACCCUGAGGAAAACCUACGAUUUGCAACUCAAGCGCUUCUUGGACAUACCGAAACACUUUCGAAACAUAUCCGACGAAACUAACAGCGUCGUUUACGAUAUAAUUUUAGAAAGAAACCAAGAAGCUCUAUCGAACGUAGCAAAACGCACAGACGAAUUAUUCGAACAACUACAAGCAGUCCUAACGCACUGGCAGUCCUGGUUACAAUUAGAAACCUUAGAUACCACCAAACUAACAACCUGGCAACAUUGGGAUCUACAUUUCAGGGCUUCGAAAACCUUUGGACAGGAAAUCGCCAAACUACCAUGCGAAGAAGAACGCGUGGGUUGCUUCGUGAUCGGCCUGUCGCGCCUGCGAUCCGACUUGGAAUCGCACAACAGGAGUUACUGGGACCAAUUGGUGCAAUCGCUGAAGAACGCCCUGGCCCAGGACGUGGUCAAAUUGCAGAAUUACGUGGAUCAUUCCACCAACGCUCUCACCAAACAACCGGUGACUUUGGACGAAGUUGGAGAAACUGGAGCUGUACACGCCGAUAUAUUGAAAGAGAAACCUGAAAUGGAAAAUUUGUUUGACGAAAUGACGAAGAAAGCUCAAACUCUAUCGAGCUGGUCUAGGGAGCAAGUCGUUAUGGUGAACAGGCUUAAAGGCGCGUGGGAUCGUUUGCAGAAUCUCCUGGAUAAUUACCAGCAUAUCAUGGAGAAACAGAUGGAGAUAAUAAAAACGACGUUGAAAGUGGACGGGGAGAAUUUGAACAAAGAAAUCGAAAGGUUCAACGCCAAAUGGGAGGACGCGAAUCCGCGGCUUAAUUCCGGGGAAAUUUUGGGCAGCAGCCUCGAUGAUCUCGUAAAGCAUUUGAAUAAUGUUAAAAAUAAACGGAACGAAUGGACCGAAAUUGGAAAACAAAAAGGAAAACUUUUGGAUGACUAUUUGAAAUUCAAUUUAGAACCACCUGAUAUACCAUUCUUGAAGGAAAUCGAAGACACUCUCAAAUUAGAAGAAGAAUCGUGGUCUAUAUUUGAGGCUUUCAAUAAAGAAUUCGAUGAAAUAAAAAGCGAAUCUUGGAUUGUGUUCAGGAAGAAAACCUACAAACUGGAAGAAUUUCUGAAAUCGUGGCGAGAGAGGUUGACGAAAACCGAAAAUUCCCAUCUGGAAUCGCGAAUAUUACACGAAAUUCAUAAAUACGAGGUAACAGCGCCAUUAUUGAAAUUCCUUAAAGGGGAAGACUUCACCGAGAAUCAUUGGAUUGAUGUUUUCAAUUUAUUAAAUAUGCACGUGAAGCCCAUCGAUCAGCUCGCUUUGAACGAUUUUCUACAAGUGUCCGAUAAUAUACAGGCUAAACUCAACGAAUUACAGGGUAUAAAUAAGCGAGCAGCCAGCGAAAUUAUUAUCAGACAGGCCCUGGCGGAACUCGAGCAUUGGGAUAUCCACACUAGAUUCGCUCUCUCGCCUCACAAGGACUCGAAAAACAAAGAAAUUCCGCUCAUAAAAGAUUUCAAGGAGAUCUUAAACAAAAUAGGCGACAAUCAGAGUUUAUUGCAGUCGCUGAAAAAUUCCCCCGAUUACGAUUCCUCCGUCGAGAAAGUCUCAAUGUGGGAGAACAAAUUCAGCGAUUUGGAUCAUUAUUUGACGUCGCUGGCGCAGAUACAACGAAAGUGGUUGUACUUGGAGCCGAUUUUCGUCAGCGGUACUCUCUCGCAGGAGAAGAACCGUUUCGAGAGGAUCGACAGGGAUUUGAGGCACGUAUUGGGCUUCAUCGAGCGAGAUCUUCGCGUAUCGGCCCUGUGCAGGUACCCCAAUUUGCGAUCGUUACUCGAAACCACGUUGAACCAACUAGCCCGAUGCCAGAACAACCUCGACGAGUUCUUAAAGGAAAAACGCAAUAAAUUCCCGCGGUUCCUCUUCCUCAGCGACGACGAUUUACUGGAGGUCGUCGGGCAAUCGUCGAAGGAGCAAAUUAUUCAGGCCCAUUUGAAGAAAAUAUUCUCCGGCAUAAAUAGCGUCGUGUUAUCACUAAACGGGGGGGAAAUAACCGCCAUAUGCUCGAUGCAAGGCGAAAAAAUCACCUUAUCGAAUUACGUGGCUAUCAAUAGACCGGUAGAGGUAUGGAUGAACGAUCUGGUAAAAGAGAUGCAAAACACGCUAAAAGAGCUAUUAGUAAAUUGCCAGAAAGAGAAAUCCGCUCCUGAUCCGUUGCAAUACCCGUCUCAAAUCCUGUGCCUGUCCGAGAGCAUCAGCUUCACCGCCAAAUGCGAACAGGCCAUUACCAGCAUGACGUUGUCGUCUCUUUUGUCCAAAUACAAGACGCAACUCGAACAUUACGGUUCGCUGGAUUUGAAUAAAAGCAAAGGCAACGACGGCGACGGCGAAAACGUACUCGAAUUAAAACUCAAAGCUCUAUUGUUAGACACGAUCCGUUUUGUUUGCGUUAUAGAGGAGCUCGUUCGAAGCAACACUUCGAAGAUUACCGAAUGGAGCUGGCAGAAACAAUUAAGGUACUACAGCAACUCGACCGGAGAAGUCACCGUAAAAAUGGCGAACGCUCGAAUGGACUAUUCGUACGAAUACCUGGGAAACGCCGCGAAAUUAGUGAGAACUCCUCUAACGGAAAAAUGCUUCCUCACUUUAACGCAGGGUUUACACUUGGGAAUGGGCGGUAAUCCGUACGGGCCGGCGGGCACCGGAAAAACCGAGUCGGUGAAAGCGCUGGGGCAUCUGCUCGGCCGGCAAGUCUUAGUUUUCAAUUGCGACGAGGGAAUAGACGUAUCGGCCAUGGGCCGCAUCCUCAUAGGUCUCGUGAAAACCGGAGCGUGGGGAUGCUUCGACGAAUUCAACAGAUUGGACGAGGCCACGUUAUCGGCGAUUUCCAUGCUAAUCCACGCCAUACAAAUUUCGAUUCGAACCGAUAAGAAAACGGUUCGAUUGCUGGAUCAAGACAUCGAUGUUAAUAAACAUUGCGGUAUAUUCGUGACGCUGAAUCCCGCAGGAGGCGGUUACGGCGGCAGGAAUAACCUGCCGGAUAAUCUGAAACAGCUGUUUCGGCCGGUCGUGAUGACGCAUCCGGACAACGAAGAAAUCGCCAGGUCGCUGCUUCAGUGCGAGGGGUACAAAUGCGCCGGCGUCGCGGCGAGGAAACUUGUCGAGAUUUUCGAUAUAUCCAGUAAGUUGUUGAGUAAGCAACAACACUACGAUUGGGGCUUGAGAUCUAUCAGGACGGUGUUAACAGGAUGCGGAAGAGCGUUGAAGAGUUUAAAAAGCAACAGCGAUAGUACCGUUGGAAUUAACGAGGAAUUGUCUCUAAUUGUACAAGUGCUGAAAACUGAUGUUUUAUCGAAACUAUCGUUUGCCGAUAGUAAUAAAUUCAUAUCGAUUGUAGAAGACGUAUUUAUGGAGGUGGACUUUAAAACUGUCACAGACGAUUUGCUGGUGUCUACUAUCGAAGAAAGUUUUAAUGAAUUAGGGCUAAUUAAAAACGAUAGACAGAUUAACAAGUGUUUGAAAUUAUUCGAGCAACUUCAACAAAGAAUGGGUAUUGCUAUAGUAGGCCCGCCUAAAUCCGGUAAAACUACAAUAAGAAAAUUGAUACACAAGACUCUAACAAAAAUGGGAAGAAUUAUAAAAUUCCACGAAUUCAAUCCCAAGAGCUUAGGAAGAGCUCAAUUGCUCGGUAAAUUGGAUGUUGAUACCGGUCAAUGGACUGAUGGAGUCAUUACAAAAUACAGUUUAGAUGUUACUUCCGAAAAUUCCGACAUUUGGUCGUGGAUCGUCUGCGACGGAGACAUCGACCCGGAUUGGGUGGAAUCCCUAAAUUCCGUAUUAGACGACAACAGGUUGCUUUCCCUACCGUCCGGCUGGCGUAUCCAGUUCGGUUCCAACGUGAAUUUCAUCUUCGAAACUCACAAUUUAACUAACGCUUCGCCCGCUACCAUCUCUAGAAUGGGCAUCGUGCUCUUGAGCGAGGAGGAUAUGGACCUUCAAUUGGUACUGACCAGUUUCGCGGAUAAACUGCCGGACGGUCAGAAAUCAAUUUUGGGACCGUUGGUUAUUGAUUACAUCGGAAAAGCUAUUGAUUGGUGUGUAAAAGAAGGCGAAAUGAUUCUACCUUGCUCUAGAGUAGGAAUGGCUCUAACAGUAUUGUCUCAGUUAAAAGAUGUUUAUAGCAAAUCCCAAUUCGCAGUGCGCUUAAUGAAUAUUUUAGGACAUCAGUUACAUGAGGAUUUUAAAGAGAUUUUUUGCCAACAAGUGUACGAUUGGUUAGGAGAAACUCCACCGCCUGUAAUCGUCAGGUCUCGUUAUAACAAUGAUAGAGGUACUGUAGAAUCAUACUACACGAAUCCUAAUGUUAUCAUUGAAGAUGGUAAUCGUUUAAAAAUACCUCUCAUUCCAACGAGUCAAAUCGAGUUGUAUGUGGAUUGUUUGAACGGUUGGUUGGGCGAUUCCAACGAGAAUAUUUUGCUGGUGGGUCCACACGGUUCGGCCAAAACAUUGAUUUUGGAGAAUGCAGUGAAAAACAGGACGAAUUUGGAACUGGUUACGAUUUAUUGUAGCGGGAGUCUGUCGCCCGGUUUCGUUAUCACGAAAAUGGCGCAGUAUUGCAUUCAUGUGAACACUCAUAAAGGUAAAGUGCUGAGGCCGAAACGAGGAAAUCUUCUGCUGCAUUUCAAGAAUCUGCAUUUGCUGAAGCCUGACAAGUGGGGUACGAAUGUACUCGUUGAAUUUCUCAAUCAACUCAUCGUAUACAGGGGAUUUUUCGAUUCGAACGUCGAAUUUAUCGGAAUCGAGAAUAUUUUUAUAGUGUGUUCUUUGGAAGCCACUAAUAAUCUAUCGCAAAGAUUUACCUCUAAUUUGAGAAUUUUUAACAUAAGUUUACCAGACACGGAAGAUUUCUCGGUAAUAAUAGUAGCUUAUCUUACAUCCGUAUUGAAGCGGCUUUCCAGCGGUUUUCCCAAAGCUAAAAUAGUGAAAUUAACGGCCUCCAUCAUUUCAUUCUACGAUAAAUUGCGAACUACCUUUAAUUCCCUACACAACAAGCAUUAUUUGUUUACACCCCACGAUGUGGUCAAUUUGUGCCGGGGGAUAUUGCAGUACAAAGAAAAUAAUGAAGGAAACUUGGACGAUUUCGUUAUCGAGGUUAUCAAAUACGAAGCUAGGUACAUAUUCGGGGAUAAACUAGUGAACGAGGACGAUCGCACUUUGAUGAUUAAAUUACUGAAUGAAUCGUUCGAAAGUCAUUGGGGCGCAAUAACCCCCUCGGCGCCUAAAAUUAAUUACUAUUACGUUUGCGUGGAAAAAACGCCCGAUUGCGAUGGAAGUUUGGUGAAAUUGGACGAGGCCGAGUGGAGGAAGGCGGUUCAAAACGGUAUAACAUUAAUCGAGAGGGAAGGGCAAUUGUUGGAUUUGGUUUUGAACGAGGAAUUGCUGCAUUUGACGGCGAAUAUAUUGAAAAUCGUAAGUCGGCCGGGUGGAAAUGUCUUGUUAAUUGGGAAAUCAGGCGUGGGAAGAAAGAGCGCUAUAAAAAUCGUUACUGCUUUGCAAUCUGCGAAAUUGAUUGUACCUUCUUUGGAUUUUCUCAAUAACGAUCUGAAAAUGGCCAUGCAAUACGCUGGAAUUGAAAGCGAAGAUGUUUACUUAUUGAUCGAAGAUUACAUAUUAAACAACGAAAACAAUUUGAAUAUCUUCAAUUCCUUAAUUUCAUCUGGAGAAGCUCCUGGCUUGUACCAACCAGCAGAAUUAGACUCUAUAGUGAAAGGGUUGAAAGAGGAAUCUGAUAGGGAAAACUUCGACGGCAGUUUAAUCCAGUAUUAUUCCGAAAGAAUCAAGCGGAACCUCCACGUUCUAAUCUGCCUCGACGCCGAUAAUGAAAAUCUCUGGAAUAUUAUAGACAAUUGCCCGGCUUUAAUUCAAAAUUGCGCCAUCAUCUGGAAAUCCGCAUGGAAUUCAAACACCAUUAAAGAAACACCGAGCGUCAUUAUCGACAGAAGUAACUUAAGGGAAAACGUGCAGCACGCGUCGAGCAAAAGCUUUUGUGCCGUAUACAACAUCACGCAAUCCCCGAUUUCCACUCCAUCUAGAUACAUUUCUCUGAUAAAACUCUACAUAAAAAUCUACGAAGAGAAAAUGACGACGAUCGAAGCGAAGCAGCACAAAUUGAAGGCGGGAGUUUCAAAAUUGACGGAAGCCGAAAACAUGGUGAAGGAAUUGAAAGAAAACGCCGCCGAAAAACAGACGAAACUCGCCGAAAAACAAGCCAAAGCCAACUCGGCUCUGAACAUGAUCACCAACACAAUGAAGAACGCCAACGUGCACAAGGAAGAAAUGGAGCACUUGCGCAGCAAAACCGAAGAAGAAACCAUCCAACUCAACAAAAGGAAAAAAGACAUCGACGUUGAACUAGCAGAAGUGGAACCGUUGAUAGAGCAAGCCCGCCAGGCGGUGGGCAACAUCAAGACCGAAUCGAUAUCCGAAAUCCGAUCGUUGAGAGCGCCGCCCGAAAUAAUCCGCGACAUCCUCGAAGGCGUCCUGCGGCUCAUGGGCAUCCAGGACACCUCUUGGAACAGCAUGAAAACGUUCCUGGCCAAGCGCGGCGUCAAAGAGGACAUCAAAGCUUUCGACGCGAAUAGAAUCGCUAAAGAAAACCGCCAGGCGGUCGAACGAUUGAUGACGAUGAAAAAGGACUCGUUCGAUCCGAAAUCGGCGAAGAGGGCCUCCCAAGCGGCGGCUCCUCUGGCCGCUUGGGUCUCCGCCAACGUGAAAUACUCGCACGUGCUGGAUAAAAUCCGGCCGUUGGAAAUGGAGCAAAUGAAACUCAAAGAGAAUUUGUCGAACGCGGAGAACCAGCUGGGCGAAUUGAGCGCCGGCCUCGACGACGUCGACGCCACUGUGGCCAAAUUGAAAGAACAAUUGUCGAUUUACACGAAAGAAGCCGCUGAAAUUGAAAUAGACCUCAAUAGAGCGCAAUCCACUUUACUGGCGGCCGAGGGAUUAGUUAAGAAGCUCGGCGACGAAUACGAACGGUGGCAGAAACAACUGCGGGAAUUGUCUAUAGAAAUCGAUAAAUUACCCAAUAACUGUCUACUAAUAGCGGCGUUUAUGACUUACAUGCCCGGGGAAUCGGAGGAUGCGAGAAACGAAUUUCUAUCGAAUUGCGUUAGGGAAAUUGGAAUCGAAACGAUUAAUUUAGAAACCUUCCUAUCGACGGAAAGGGAGCGCAUGCAAUGGAAAAGCGAAGGACUCGCUUCCUACAAGCUAUCCUUGGAAAACGCAAUUAUGAUACUAAAAAACGAUACGGUGCCUGUGUUAGUAGACCCGACUUCAUCUGCAGUCAAUUGGAUCAAACGACACCUGAAGAACAGGAACGUCGAAAGUAUUAUACAGAGUUCCCCGAAAUUGCGCGGGGAAUUAGAGCUUGCCGUGAGAUUCGGUAAAAUUCUCAUACUGGAGGAAAUCGACACCGUCUCGCCCGUACUGUUUCCCAUAUUGAGGAAAGAAUUCACCACUCAAGGCGAACGGCGUUUAAUUAACAUGAACGGAAAGCUGAUUGACUAUCACAAAGAUUUCAAGUUGAUCCUGUGCAGUAGAAACGAGCACAUUAAAUUACCGCCGGAAAUUUCUCCGCUGGUGAAUUCGUUGAAUUUCACCAUCACCCGCGCCGGCCUCACAGAACAACUACUAUCGCGCGCUAUUAGCCAGGAAAACCCCGAAAUCGAAAACAAACAGAAAGAAUUGCUGAAAGAAAGGGAGGAAAUGGAGGAGAAAUUAGACAAUCUCCAGAAUCAAUUGUUGGAAGAUUUGGCCAAUUCGAAAGGCAACAUUUUACAAGACAACAAGCUGCUCGAAUCGCUUAACCAAACCAAAGCCAGUUCUGAAGCGAUCGCCGAAGCUCUGAAAGAAUCCGAUGAUAUUAGGAGAAAAUUACAAUCUGAAUACGACGUAUAUCGCGAUCUAUCAGUAUUCGGAAACUCGUUGUACUUCGCUUGCAACGAAUUCGCCAAAAGCAACGUUCUGUACCUACUUUCCGUAUCCGCCUUUACGGAUUUAUUCCUAAGAUCCCUGCAAACUUUCCAGGGUCUGGAUAACAAUCUGGAAUCGCAGAAGAAGCAACUUCUGCACACGGUUUACGCGUACAUGAGUCGCGGGAUAUUCCAAAACGAUCGACUCAAAUUUCUGCUCUAUCUCAUCUUCAAGCUCUACCCGAAAUUCAUACCGGAAAACGAAUGGAACGUCUUCAUCGGAAACUUAAUUGCGAGCGGUACCACCAGAGACGAUGUUCCUCCGUGGAUUCCGAAACAUUCAAUUGCGAACGUCAAACAAUUACAGAUGGGUUUGCCGGACUUUUUCGAAGCGUUGAAGCUGCAGGAGUACACGCUGUGGAAGAAUUUCAUGACUACAGACGAAUGCGAAAAGGAUUUACCGAAGCAUUUGCCGUUUACCGAUUUCCAGAAGGUGCUGGUGGUGCAGGCCGUGCGCCAGGAUAGAUUAGUUUCGGCCAUGUCCCAAUGCGCUUUGAACUUGACAGGAAUGGUUACGCUCAAUCCGCCGGUUCUAGAUCUUCUUAGUUUCUAUAAAGAAACGCGCAAAGACGUGCCUAUACUGAUACUCGCUCUGUCCGGUACAGAUCCUUUAACAGAGAUUAGAGAAGUUGCAUCUGCGCUAUCUCAGGAGUAUAUGGAGGUGGCGAUGGGCGAAGGGCAAGAAUCUAAAGCGCUGGAAGCUUUGAAAAAAUGCUCGGAAACCGGCUUGUGGUUGAUAUUAAAGAACCUCCAUCUCGUUACUUAUUGGUUGACGAUACUAACGCAAACUCACAGAAGUUUACAACCGCACGAUAAAUUUCGAUUGUGGUUGAUAUCGGAACCGUCGAACAAUUUCAACUUCGUUUUGGCCCAAAACAGCCUAAAAAUCGUCUACGAAACAUCGCAGGGCAUCAAAAACAACAUCCUGCACACGUUCGCUUCGUUCGGAAAGAAAUACGUGGAAAAAUUAAGUUCCAAUUCCGCGAAAAUAUUCUUCGUCAUCGCCUGCGUGCACGCUCUCUUCCAGGAAAGGCGCAAAUACAUUCCUCAAGGCUGGUCGAAGUUUUACGAUUUCAGCGACGCCGAUUUAUCGACCAGCGUGAAAUUGGUGGAGGACAUUUGGUUGAAUCAAGGCGUCCAGAUACAAUGGCGCUUCAUCUACGGAUUGAUAGCGGACGCCGUGUACGGCGGUCGAAUAGAAAACUUGGACGAUAUGAAUAUUGUGUAUUCGUAUUGCAAGCAGUACUUCGUGGACGACGUGGUGAGUCACAGGUGGAAGCCGUUCGGAUUGAAUUGCAGCUUGCCCAGCAGCGCCCAAUUCGAUGAGUACAUGAAGAUGAUUAAGGAAUUUCCGGCGGUGGAUCGACCGGCGUUUUUCGGUUUGGCGGAGAAUAUAAACAGAGUUUGGGAGAAGCAAAUCUCCACGAAGAUGAUAUCGGAAAUCAAAAAUUUCUAUUUGCAAAGGAAGAUAUCCCGCGCGAAGUUCGACCAAGAGGCCUUCUUGAAAGGCGUUUUGCCUUUCUUGAGCCUUUGGAAAAAGUUGAACCAAGGCCACGAUUUCAUCCGUGUCACUAACGAGAAGAAAUCCAUCGGCGGUUGUUCCGUGGAAAAUUUCUUGCACGAAGAAUUCCACAACGCCAUCGCGUUCGUUCAAAUAAUCCACAAGCACUUCACCAAUUUGAACAAAACUUGCAAAGGCGCUAUGAAACCGGAUGAAACAAUUCUAUCGAUAGGUUACUCUUUAUUGAACCACGAAACUCCGGCAGUUUGGCAGAACAUUUGGCACGGUCCCAAAGAUCCCAUUCAAUACCUGAAAACGUUCAUAACUAAAACCGCCAAUUUGUCCAAAUGGAAGGACGAGAACGUUCGAAAUCUGCUCGAAAAACCUCUGCGGGUCUCCGCCCUGUUCCACCCCGAAGCCUUCAUCGCCUCGCACAAACAAGACUUCGCCAAAGCCAACAAAAUCGCGAUGGAUGAACUCGUCCUGCAAACCAGCUGGAGGCCGAAAUCGAAUUCUCUAAUCGUCGCCGAUAUGCUCAUCGAGGGUGGAUCGUUCGAAAGCGGCGUUCUCAAUCAAAGCACGCCCCAAUCGGAAACCUACAACAACGUUCCUAAUUGCUACUUAAACUGGAUCAAAAAGGGUGAAGUUUUAGCGGAUGAUAAUCACAUAGACGUGCCGCUUUAUUGCACGUCCACUAGGGAAAAGAAAUUGAUAAUGCUGCAAAUUCCUUGCGAUAGGGAUAACAAGGACAAAUGGUUGUUGAAGGGUAUAGCUUUGUAUUUGGAAUAUUAGGUAUAUAUUUUGCAUUUUAUAGUAAAGUAACGGCACUGGUUGGGACUGGUUUGAUUCCGAAUCAUCCUUUCUUUUGUUAGGGAAAGGGUUGAAGUGAAAACAAAAAGGCGAUAUAUCAACGUUGCUUUAUUUAGGGAAGGUUUACACAUCUUCGGUACAAAUGUCGUUGCAUUCAACGUAAUUUAUAUACGCCGUUUUUUGGGUUAGUUACAAUUUAUUAUUACCUGCUGCUAGAUUAAUAUUGAUCCCUUCUAAGUACAAACAUUUACUAUAUGACUGCAAUAUAAGUUAUUUGGGUAGGUAAUUUGGCGAAAUAAUGGAAUUGUCGUUGUAUUAUUGAAUAAUAAAAAACUAUAAUAAAAGCGACAGGGAUAACUGGCAGAUUGGUAACUAUUGCGCAUCGAGCGUCUCCAGCUAUUCCUGUCGGAGUGUAGGUACAUUGGUUUUAAAUAAUACGCGAAUAAAGGUGAGUCGCUCAGCUUUCUAUUUUUCUACUCAUAUUUUAAAUGACCUAAAAGCGGUUUUUUAUAAUUUAGAAUUAAUUUUAGGCCGUGUAGUAGCUUUAAUUGCUGCCUACUACAAGAUUUAUUGGGGGGUCUUUUCAGUUUUCACCAUUCAAAAAUAAACUGAGGACGAAUUGUAUCGAGUGGUUGACAGAGGUUUAUUUUAAAUAUUUUAAUAAAUAUAUGCGCAAUAUCUUGGUGUCCUUAAUAGUUAGUAUACAAUACAUAGAAUACUCUUAUAAAUUGAUAAAUAUAUAUUAAAAAACUAUUGGGACAAAAUAAGUGGAUCCC